CAGUGGAGUUCAGCUGACAAUACGAGUUGGCCCUUUAUUUGAGAGAUAUGCCAUCGUCCUGAGACGAGUGCGUCUCUUCUACAUCGUCUGUCUGGCCUGGCGCUUCAAAAUGGUCUCGGGCAAGUUGUACCUCAUAUCAAGUAGUCUGGGGGUUCUAACGCAUCUCGCCGUCUUCAUCAAAGGCGAGUGGGAUACGCAUGCCCCCCAGUUGGCUAGUUAUUUUGUGUUCUGGCCGGCCGUGUUGUUAACGGCUCUGGCGAUCGUCGGGUAUGGCCAUGUGGCACGGGCAACGGCUCUCGCACUGCUGAGCUACGAAAGUGGGAUCUGGCUAUCGAUGAUCAUCUAUCGUUGGUUUUAUCAUCCUUUGAGGCAUUUUCCGGGUCCUGCCUUGGCGCGAGUCAGUGCACUCUGGUCCCUGAGACGGGUCGCAAAAGACGCGAAAUGGCAGGUCAAUGUACAAGAGCUCCAUAAGCAGUACGGGACCUUUGUUCGAAUCAAACCCAGGGAGAUCUCGAUCAACGAUGCGUCUGCAAUCAAGGAAAUCUACGGCGUCGGCACGACGUGCACUAAAGGAGUUUUUUAUGACUUGAAUCACCCGAAUCGCUCGCUGCAAAUGUGCCGUGAAAAGGCGUUCCACUCCAGACGACGGAGGGUUUGGGACCUCGGCUUCAAUUCCCGAGCUCUGACCGGCUACGAACCAUUUAUUCGCGAGCACUGCGACGAUCUAGUCGAACGGAUAUCGUCACAGACGGAAGAGCCAAUUUUGAUUAACGAUGUUCUCGACGGAUUCGCCUGGGAUGCCAUGGGGAUUCUGGCUUUCGGAAGAUCUUUUGGCAUGGUGAAGGGUAACAGUCACCCAAUGUUGGAUGCGAUGAGAGCUGCGAAAAAGUCCGGUGCUUUUAUCUUGACUGCGACCUGGAUGCUCAUCAUGGCACGACACCUACCUGUGAUCAACUCGGCCUCGGCCAAGUGGGUGGAGUGGUGCGCAGAAAUGUUGGAAGAACGUCGAAAGAUGGGUUUGUCCAGGAAAGACCUCUUCAGUUACCUUAUUGCGGAGCCGCCCGCGGGGACCGAUGAAUCUCUGAAAUUGACCGAUGGUGAUCUUGUCACCGAGUCGGAGCUGGCCAUCGGGGCCGGAAGCCAAACCACCGGCUCGACUAUGAAUGCACUCCUUUUCCUUCUAGCGAAGCAUCCAAACGCAUACCGCAAGUUGCAAGAAGAGAUUGACGCCGUUCUACCACCAGACGCACCUUUGUCACAUUCAGCACUCACGGGCAAGCCAUACUUGGAGGGCUGUAUCAACGAGGUCAUGCGAUUGUAUCCCGCCGUCAUGAGUGGAGUGCCUCGAGAAACAGGUCCACGGGGCUUGACUAUCGACGGUGUUUUCAUCCCCGCGUACACAACGGUGUCUGUGCCGACAUACACGGUCCAUCGAGACCCGCGAAACUAUCAAUACCCCGACGAAUUCAUCCCCGAGCGUUGGAUCGACAAACCCGAGCUGAUUAUCAGGAAAGAGGCCUUCAUUCCAUUUUCCACCGGACCAUAUUCUUGCGCGGGAAAGAGCUUUGGGAUGAUGGAGAUGCGGCUGGUGAUUGCGACCAUCGUGAGGAAUUUCGACUUCCGAUUUCCCGAGGGGCAGAAGGGAUCCCUGGAUACGCUGGAUGGAACCGGCGUACAGGAUUGUUUCACAAUGGUGGUUCCAUCGUAUGAUCUGAUCUUCACGAGGCGAGACUCGAGUUCGCCCUCUGUAUGAGCGACGGUGUUAUCGGCGAGUCGGAGAGAUGGAGAGAGAUGCGUUCAGGGAAUGAUCCUGUCCUGCUGGAAGACGGAGUUAUCCAUCGGCUGAGUCGCUGAGAAGCGUGUUGGGCACGUAGAUAGUGUUGUGUAACGGCAGAAAGCAAGUUGGAUCGAAUGCAA